UGCGGACGGACCAACGGCGGCGGCGAUGAAGGGCGGGUAACGGUAGCGAUAAAAGGUGGCGCGGGCGGGGCGGGCGCAGACGCGUUUCUCAGUACGCGGAGAGCGGCUCGGCCGCGCGCACGCCGGGUAUUCAGGCCGAGCGGGGAACGCCGAGAGCAUGGCGGUCGCGGGCGCAAAGCGGCGCGCGGUUGCGGCCCCGGCAGCUGCGACGGAGGAGGAGCGACAGGCGCGGGAGAAGAUGCUGGAGGCGCGGCGCGGGGACGGCGCGGACCCCGAGGGGGAAGGAGUGACCCUGCAGCGCAAUAUCACGCUGCUCAACGGUGUGGCCAUCAUCGUGGGCACCAUCAUCGGCUCCGGCAUCUUCGUGACGCCCACCGGCGUACUCAAGGAAGCGGGUUCGCCCGGACUGUCGCUCGUGGUGUGGGCUGUGUGUGGCGUCUUCUCCAUCGUGGGCGCACUCUGCUACGCGGAGCUGGGCACCACCAUCUCCAAGUCAGGCGGCGACUACGCCUACAUGCUGGAGGUCUACGGCUCGUUGCCCGCCUUCCUCAAGCUUUGGAUCGAGCUGCUCAUCAUUCGGCCCUCAUCACAGUACAUCGUGGCGCUGGUCUUCGCCACCUACUUGCUCAAGCCGGUCUUCCCCACUUGUCCGGUGCCGGAGGAGGCUGCCAAGCUCGUGGCCUGCCUCUGCGUGCUGCUACUCACUGCUGUGAACUGCUACAGUGUGAAGGCUGCUACCCGUGUUCAGGAUGCCUUCGCGGCUGCCAAGCUGCUGGCCCUGGCCCUCAUCAUCUUGCUCGGCUUCAUCCAGAUGGGAAAGGAUUUGGGACAAGGUGAUGCGUCCAACCUACAGCAGAAGUUGUCCUUUGAAGGCACCAGUCUGGACGUGGGGAACAUUGUGUUGGCAUUGUACAGUGGCCUCUUUGCCUAUGGAGGAUGGAACUAUCUGAAUUUUGUUACGGAGGAGAUGAUCAAUCCUUACAGGAACCUGCCCCUGGCCAUCAUCAUCUCCUUGCCCAUUGUCACACUGGUCUAUGUGCUGACGAACCUGGCCUACUUCACUACCCUGUCUACCAACCAGAUGCUGACAUCUGAAGCUGUGGCUGUGGAUUUUGGGAACUACCACCUGGGAGUCAUGUCCUGGAUCAUUCCUGUCUUUGUGGGAUUGUCCUGCUUCGGUUCUGUCAAUGGGUCUCUGUUCACGUCCUCAAGACUGUUCUUCGUGGGAUCCAGGGAGGGCCACCUGCCUUCUGUCCUCUCCAUGAUCCACCCACAGCUCCUGACACCUGUGCCAUCACUGGUGUUCACGUGUGUCAUGACCCUGAUGUACGCUUUCUCCAGAGACAUCUUCUCCAUCAUCAACUUCUUCAGCUUCUUCAACUGGCUAUGUGUGGCCCUGGCAAUCAUUGGCAUGAUAUGGCUCCGCUUCAAGAAGCCUGAGCUGGAGCGUCCCAUCAAGGUGAAUCUGGCCCUUCCGGUGUUCUUUAUCCUGGCCUGCCUCUUCCUUAUUGCCGUGUCGUUCUGGAAGACACCCGUGGAGUGUGGCAUUGGCUUUGCCAUCAUCCUCAGUGGGCUGCCUGUCUACUUCUUUGGUGUCUGGUGGAAGAACAAGCCCAAGUGGAUUCUGCAGGCCAUCUUCUCUGUGACAGUGCUCUGCCAGAAGCUGAUGCAAGUGGUACCUCAGGAGACUUAGCCACGCAUCUUGGGUGCCGCACGGAGAGAGUGCUGUGCCUACUCCAGACAACUCUCCUUUGGAAGAGCAGCGGCCAGACCUGUCAGCCCCACAGCUCCAGUGAGCACCACCAGCCACCUAACACCAUCCGCUGUCCCUCAAAGGCCAGGUGUCCAUGGUGGCUGUGAAAGAAAACUGGUACGAUUUGGUCCCAGAUGGUGACUUUCCAUGCAUACACAGCACCCGGUGUAAGGUGUGCAUGCUGGGACCUGAGGCCUGGACUUUCUGACUUUCUGGGGACUGCCACAUCUGGGCUUUCUCCCCUUUGAUUUUUUGUUUUGUUUUUUGUAGCGUGCAUUUGGGUCAAGUUUACACUACCGAGAUGAUUAUUUUUUAACAAAACAGGGUAGCAAGGAGCAGGAGAAGGCGUGGCCGAACAGUCCAGCCCUGCGUGUGGGAACUGCUGGCCACAGCCCUUUUCCAAAGGCUGUCGUUCAGUAGCACAGUGUGCCUCAAGGGGACUGCGUCACUGUCACCAGGUCAGAAGAACUACUGAGACUUGGAUAUCACCUGUUCCACUGUGGACUUGGACUGACAGAUGGACGGCGCAUAUGUUAGCUUGGGUUUUAGUUUUCUGGGGUCCUAGAGGUGGAACCCCAACCUUACUCAUGAGGCAGAGCUCUACUGUGGGUCACUUGUUUUGUUGUAAAUGUAGAGCUCAGGUCUCACUACCCUGAAGUUCUGGUGAUUCCCUUUCCCCUG